ACUAGAAGAGUUUUUAUGUUAUAGUUUAAUAUGGGGUGUUGCUUUAGUAAAGAGUUGAAUCCUAAUCUGGUCACCGAAAGAACAAGCCUUCUUCAAACAUCAGUGACUGACAGCUGCUCUGCUAAAGACGUCAAACAGUGUGCCUGCUCUGUGGCUGAACUGGCCGAAGAGAGGCUUCCUGAAUAUGGAGAGACGAAUGUAGCCUUGGAUACCAGAAGCAAUUGUUCCUCAACAAACCUGUCAGUGAAACUCAGUUCCAUUGAUAGGAGAGGCAGCAGCGCGCAGGACGGGAUGGUACUUUGGAACGAGCCUAACGCCGACCCUCCUCUUUGUCAAGCUUUGGAACAGGAUGGACACGCUAAGGAAGUUUCAAAAGGUUCGCACAGAGACAGUGGGGACAAUGGUCUUGCCUUUCCACAGAUUACAGAGCGAGCUGUUUUGACCUCUGUAAAGAAGAAAAUAGCUGAAAAUGCGGUGAAACGAGCAAACUGGUUUUGUGACGUUAGAUCGUCUCAGUGUGCAGAUGUAACGGGAAAAAGCUGGAAAAGCCAUUGCGAGGACACACCUAUUGCAGCCACAGUCGUUCCAAACGGUCACUGUAUCAGAGCAGCGUGCACUUCAGGCAGCCUGGGCUCGGAGGAGCAUGCACAGGUGCAAAGCACUGUUAGGGAGAAGUCGGACGACAGAGCGAUGGGAGCGACCACAUGUCCACGUGAUAAAGGGAGAGGGAGUCGUAGGGAGGUUUGUCAUGUAGAUGAGAAUAAUUCUGAUUUGGUGACCUCAGAUCACCACUUCAAAAGAAGGACCCAAAGCUUCUACAGCAUUUGCUCAAUCGAUGCCGAUGAUCUGGAGGGUGAGUGUGAACUGCCAUCCCUGACACAACCUGUGGCGUUCGAUCAGGCGGAUGUAUUAGCUGAAACUGAAGCAGUGCUGCUUAAUAACUCCUCACUCCUGAAUAAUGCAUGCAGAAUAUCUCACUCAGAACCUUCAAAUGGGGACCAAUGCUUUUGAAAGCCAAAUGAUCAAAGUAUCACAAGAAGAGGAAAUGUGUUCUGAAUGUCUCCCAGCAAGAACUUUGUCUGUAAACAAGGCUAACGCACUUCCUGACCUCCUUGGGACAUUUCUAGGGUCGGCACUGUCCGAAAAGCAUGCUCCUGUUCCUCUCGAAGACAAAAAGAUAGAACAGGUUGGCAGCACAUGUGAAAAGGAUGGGCCUGAAUCAAGAAAAAUGCCAUUUGUCAGUGCUUCAGGUGAUGCUACUGAUGAAACGACCCCUGAUUUGCUUGAAAGAAACAAACGGUCGUUCUCUCUGAACACAGACACAGAACUGCUGCAUACGUCUAAACCGAAAGUGUCGGGAGUGGCUUGUGAAGUAUGCCCUUUGGAAGCACCCAGCCUGGAAGCACCCAGCCAGGAACCACAAAGUGUUCCCUCAGAGAUCGAGUCUGGAAGAAAACUAGAUGCUGACGGAAAUGAUUUAAGAUAUACUGACUCUAGUGAAGCAGUGAAAGUAAACUUAGAAUUACAGAGAGAUCAUGAUUCUGGGAUUUGUGCCAUGCUAACAGCCCAUUAUCCUAUUCCUUCGCUUAACAACACAGGAGAAAGCCCCUCAGAAGUGAUAAAAUCUGGUCAGUGUUCAUCCAAUGCUACCUCUUGUGAGAAACCUCACAAAGAAACGGUGCAUGAUUCAUUAAGCUUUAAACCCUCCGAUAUGCCGGAGACCUUCAGGGAUGCACCAUCAUCUUUCAAAAUUUCUUUGGUAGAAAACGAGAAUGAUAUUCAAAAGCUUAUGUCAGGGGACAACUCUCAAGAAGCUAACACACUAAAUCUGAACUCUGUUAAAGCAGACAACCUGUCAAACUCAUGUGUAGGCUCUUUAAGUACUGAUUUCGAGAAAAAAGUAGCAGCCACGGAAGUGGAGCUCAUAUCCGGUGAGAUUAACACAUUCCAGAACUUGCAGUUAGUCACACCUAACAUCUAUAGGGGAAAUACUGAUUUGCUUCAGACAGAUAUUACUUUGCAAGCAGGGGUAGUAGACUGCUCUGAAAAUAAUGUAGUUCCCCAACUGACUCAUGAUGAUAGAGAAGAGAAAAGAGAAAUUAACCUUGGCAUGGAGGACAUCACUGCUGUCAUUUCUUCCACUGACCUUUCAACGGUGUCAAAAUCUGCUUCUGUUGAUGAAGAAGGGCAUGGAGAAAAUAUUGAAAAUUCAGUCAUACACAUGCCAUUUCUGCCACCUACUAUCACAAAUAUAAACUCUACUGGUCAUUUGCUUAAAGGUGUUGGUCCUAAUCUAAGUUCAGUGAAUUGGGUUGACAACCCAUGUAACUCACUGAAUUGGGAACAGGCCGAGCAAGAGAUGCCAAGCUCAGCUCUUGCGACUGCAGUUGUUUCAAGUAAUGCUUAUGUUGCAUCUAAUGUUGGCUGCUCUGUAGAUGUGAGCCGCCUGACGCAUCCUCCACAAAACCAUUCAACUGUUGGAGAGUUUUGCAAUGAUGAGAGCCUAAAACAAAUGGAGACCACAUUAUCUGCGUCAACCCAGGAAUAUGUUAACACCAAAGGGAAAGAGGAAUCUGACUUAAAAGAGAACGAGAAGAUCCCAGCUGUCUCGGAGUGCUUUAGUGAGGAUGAACAGAAAGGACUGGUUCAAAUUUCUUUAAGCACUGUUGAUGUCAAAACAGGACACGAAAUGGAACUACAGCAAGCCUCUGACUUACCACAGUUCCAACAUUAUCUUAACCUUGGGGAUAUUGUUGAUGACCAGGAGAUCCAUUUCUGUUUCGGAGACAGCAAGGAAAAUGCAGACCUUAACAGACAGCGUAGCUUGCCUACAAGCUUGCCUUCUCUGGGCGAGGAGUCUGAGACCUCUGACAGUGCCACAUUGUCUGAAAACAGUAUGCUGAGGAAGAGUGCUUGCAUUCCCUCAGGCCCUCACUUGGGGCAGGCUGCCAGUGAUAUGCAAAGUGCUUCAGUUGGGUCCAAUCAGGAGCCAGAAUCAAAGCCUAGAGAUCCACAGGGAAUGUGCAUGACUGGCACUGGAGGGGAAGGAACAGUGGUUGACUACCGCAUUCCUCUUGUGAGUACCAUAAGACCACUGUUUGAAAUUGGAGAACCAUCGUGUGCCUUACAAGGGCAUGGCUGCACUAGUGCAUCCAUGGAGUACUUUGCAACAAGCAGGCUUCAGGGAUACCAACUUGAAUCGUGCAACCCUUCCAGUCAUGGGUUUGGAGCUGCUGAAAUGCGUCUGUCCCAGUUCAGUGAAGUUACUGAGGAAGUUGAAACCACAUGCCUUAACAAAGCUAUUCCACUACCUGUUGAACCCGGCCAGGUGGACGUUCGGGCCGGGACUCCCUCAUAUGAGAUACAUUUCCCCAAAGCCGCUGUCCCUGAGGAGAUUGAGAACUUGGAAAAUAAGACUUGCACAAGUGAAUCAGAAGGAGACCAAAGUGUGCUAAACAUGGUUUCUGACCUUCUUGGAAAGCCUGAGGCGAGUGAGGAUGAAGAUUCUAAUCAUUACCUCUCGUUGUGGCCGGGAAAGCCUGAAGCACUGUUCCUUGAUGCACAGAUGCAACGCUAUGACCUGGAGUCAGCAUGGCAUGCUCAUCUCUCUGAAGUAGAAGGGAUGGAAGGAGAUACACAAAAGGGUAAUAAAGCUGAUCCCAGUAUCAACGAAGAGGGUGUCCAGGCCUUCAUAACCACCUACCCUUACAGCCUGUUAGUGUCUGAUGGCUCCUGUGUAUGGGACUGGCAAAAUGCUUACAGUGAACUUGAAGCCACCAAGGUUUCUGAUCUCAAUCCAAAUGCAAAGGCAUGGGGCAGUUAUAUGACUAAUCAGGAAGCCCCAGGACUGGCCUACACGCGCUCUCUCCAGUCAUGGGUAAAAGAUGCCAGUGACCCAACAAAUACCGUCUCAGGAGGUUACGUUACCAGCAAUGACAAAGGGAAAUGGAAUGAAGAACAACAGGUAUCUGUCUCAGUAGAACUGCCUUCAGCAGUGCCACCGGAACCAGUGGACAUGGGAAGCACAGUCAAUCAACUGCCCCCUGGGUUACAACAAGAGACCGGCAUGAAAGAAAGUGAUAGUUCAGACUCCUCCAGGCAGCUUGAAGACCUUCGAGAACAGCUAAAGGCUACACUAGAGUUUUGCCUCUCCCGGGAGAACCUAGCCAACGAUAUGUACCUCAUCUCUCAAAUGGACAGUGACCAGUAUGUGCCAAUUGUGACGGUGGCAAAUCUUGAUCAGAUCAAGAAGCUGAGCACAGAUGUGGAUCUAAUUGCAGAUAUAUUAAAGACACUUCCUCUUGUACAAGUGGACAAAUGUGGUGAGAAAGUACGACCAAACCAGAAUAGAUGCAUCGUUAUCCUCCGAGAGGUCCCUGAGGCCACUCCUGUUGAGGAAGUUGAAUCUCUGUUCAAGAGUGAAAAACUGCCCAAAUUUGUCAAUUGUGAGUUUGCCUACAAUGAUAACUGGUUCAUCACCUUUCAAUCAGAGGCAGAUGCACAGCUGGCGUAUCAGUAUCUCCGAGAAGAAGUGAAGACUUUUCAAGGAAAGCCGAUAAAGGCGAGGAUAAAGGCCAAGGCCAUUGCUGUCAACACUUUUGUGCCAAAGAAUGGGUACAGGCCCGUAGAUAUGUCCCCAAACAUCCAGCAGCGAUAUACCUCUUACUAUAUCCCGCCUGUGUAUGGAACACAGCAACAGUUCCCACCAAUCUACAGACUGGUAACGCCUCAAGGCUGGUCAACAACACAGAGCUACUUGGACCCUUUAGUUACUCCAUUCCCUAACCCUGGAUUUAUCAAUGGCUUUGCUGGAUCUCCUACUUUUAAAUCAGCCGCUGCACCUUUGACUGUCAGACAUUACCAACCAAGAAACAGGAAUCACAGUAAAAGCCACAUUCGACCCACGGCACCGACUGCAGAGCGUGGAACAGCUUUAUUGGAGAAUCCUGGCACUUUCACAAACUUGUCCUCAGAGCGUAUCCCCAACGGGACACGCUCGCUACAUACACAUCAGAUGAGCAGCCGGCCUCGACUGCCCAGCGCUCCAAGUUAUCCUCGCAGGGACCAGGUUGGCAGUGGACGGAUGGAGAUGAACGGGGCCGAUUACUCACCUGUCAUUGGCAGAGGAAGGAGAAAUGGCUAUGGCUACAAGAAAAGGAGAGAUGACAAGUUUACAAGAGCCUCCACGCAGUCACCCCCUCCAGCCCAAGAGCGUGCCCCUUCUCCAAGCUUUGAGUUGGGUCUGUCUAGCUUCCCUCCUCUGCCUGGAGCUGCUGGCAAUUUGAAAACUGAAGUGAAGAUGGAAAACAGCUUGGAGAACCGACUGUCUGAUAUAGUUACCGGUGUAGCUAAAGACAAGACCCUAAAUAAGGAUGCAGUUACCGGCAGUGUGACUUCAGGAAUCCCCAAAGAAUCGGCGCAGACUGUUAUUGCUCCCACUGCUCAGCCUCCAGUGGAGCAGCAAACCCCAUCCUCUCCAGUCCACAAGAGAUGUUCAGUGAAGAUACAUGAGGAGAAAUCCAAGGAGGUGACUGCACCUGCUGAGAGGCCUUCAGUUCCACAUGCUGCUAAAAGUCCCCCAGUCCAACUCAACAAUCCAGUAAUGGAGCCCCGAAAGCCAAGCUAUGCAGAGAUCUGCCAGAGGAUAAGAGAAGCACCGACGCAGCAGCCUCCAGUUGAGCCCAAGCCUACCGGUUCCUCUGCAGAAGACACCAACUCUCUUGACUCUGUAGAGCACAGAUCCAGAGAAACACGGCUCCCGUCAGCCAAAGCGGCGCCGCCUCGCGCCCGAGACGCCUGGAAGUCUCAUCAGGGUACCGGAGAGACAUCGGCUUCCUCAUCUCAAUCCUGAGAGCUCGGCAGGGACUUGCUGCUUGGACUGAGGAAUAAAGGCUCCGUGGGUCAGGGCUGCUUAUAGCUCCCGUUCUCAGCCCUACUGUAAAUGCACAUAUUGACAGCUGUCACUGGAAUCAGGGCCUGCAGAUGAAAAGCACUUGUGGGUGCAUAAGGGUUCUCUGAUGUACUUUUUCUUAUUUUGUUCUUUUUGUCUAGUCCUUUAAUUUUUUUUUUUUUUGAAGGACAACCGGCCCUGUUGCGGAAAGGUUUUUUUGUUGGUU